GUUUCAGCUAUACAGAUGGACAAACAAGGGGCGAAGAAAAGACUGUUUGGGAAAUGGCAUGCAGUUUGCCGUUUUGCGUUGUUCACUUGUUUCUUGGACGCAGUCCGAGGACAGAUUCGAUACUCUAUCCUGGAGGAACUGGAGCAUGGGGCUUUUGUUGGCAACAUUGCAGAGGACCUGGGCUUGGAUUUGGACAAGCUCUCUGCGCGCAGAUUCCGAAUAGUGUCAGGUGCCAAGAAGCAAUACGUGGAGGUGAAUUUAGAAAAUGGAGUUGUAUUCGUCAACGAGAGAAUUGAUCGCGAGGAACUCUGCGAGCAGAGUUUGUCCUGCUCUUUUCACUUGCAAGUGGUCAUCGAAAACCCUCUGGAGCUGUACAGGGUAGAGAUGGAAAUUUUGGACGUGAACGACAACUCUCCCAGUUUCCCGUGGACCGAGUUCAAUCUGGACAUAUCAGAGUCCGCUGCGCCAGGGUCCCGCUUCCCACUUGAGAGCGCACAGGACUUGGACGUCGGAUCCAACUCGCUCCGAACCUACUUGCUGAGUGUGAACGAGCAUUUCCUUUUGGACAUACAGACGCGCAGCGAUGGCAGUAAAUUUGCAGAACUAGUCCUACAAAACCCGCUGGACAGAGAGCAGCAAAGUGCGCAUCAAAUGGUCCUAACGGCUGUGGACGGAGGCGCGCCGGAGAGAUCCGGCACUGCGCAAAUCGAUAUCACCGUUUUGGAUGCGAACGACAACGCGCCCGUGUUCGACCAGUCGUUUUACAGAGUGAGGCUCGCUGAAAACGCACCCAAAGGCACAGUUGUCAUAAAGCUCAACGCGUCCGAUUUAGAUGAGGGUCCCAAUGCGGACAUCACCUAUUCAUUCAGCGGCCACGCUCCCAUCAAAGUGCGCCAGCUUUUCAGCGUGGACUCGCGCACGGGAGAAAUUAAAGUCAAAGGAGUGAUAGAUUACGAAAAGGCCAGGAUGCAUGAAAUUUACGUUCAGGCAAAAGACAAAGGGCCCUCGGCUGUGGCGGUUCACUGCAAAGUGCUGGUGAACGUUUUGGAUACAAACGACAACCUCCCGGAGGUGAUCCUGACGUCGGUGUCCACACCUGUGCAGGAGGACGCGCCCCCGGGAACGGUCAUAGCCGUCAUCAGCGUGAUGGACAAGGACUCGGGUGAAAACGGGAACGUGGACUGCGAGAUCCCCCACCAGGUCCCAUUCCAUCUCCACUCAUCCUUUAAGAACUACUACACAUUAGUAACUUCUGACUUUCUGGACAGAGAGGCGGUCGCGGAGUACAACAUCACCCUCACAGCGCGAGAUAUGGGCUCCCCACCUUUAUUCACGAGGAAGACUAUUCUGGUCCACGUGUCCGAUGUGAACGAUAACGCGCCCCGCUUCAAGCAGCCCUCCUACACGGUGUAUUUGACUGAGAACAAUGCUCCCGGAGCAUCCAUCUGCUCGGUGACUGCGCUGGACCCGGAUUCUGGUCAAAACGCAUACCUCUCCUAUUCUAUACUGGAGGGGGACAUACAGGGCAUGCCCGUGUCCACGUACGUCUCCAUAAACUCAGACAACGGCAACAUUUACGCGCUGCGAUCCUUCGACCACGAACAACUUAAAAACGUCCAGAUCACCGUUCAAGCUCAAGAUGCCGGGUUCCCGCCUCUGAGCAGCAACGUCUCCGUGAACGUAUUUAUUUUGGACCAAAACGACAACGCGCCAGUCAUCGUGUCCCCUGUCGCGCAAAACGGCAGCGCGCCCAGCGGAGCGGUGCCCCGAUCGGUGGACGCCGGUUACCUCGUCGCCAAGAUCAGCGCAGCGGACGCGGACGAGGGUCAAAACUCGCGUCUGUUUUAUCAGCUGCUGCAAGCGACAGACCCGAGCUUGUUCAGCAUCGCCCUGUACACGGGCGAGAUCAGGACGAUGCGCCAGUUUGUGGAGAAAGACGCCACGAGGCACAGAUUGGUCAUUCUCGUGAAGGACAAUGGUCAGCCGCCCCUCUCGGCCACUGUUUCCAUCAUCCUGGCAGUGGUUGACAGCCUGCCAGAUUCGCAGCCCGAUUUGGGUGACCUGUCACUAAGCCCACAUCACAGCUCAAACUUCACCCUGUACUUAAUCGUGUCUCUGGGCGCAAUCUCCUUCACAUUUCUGGUGGCUAUCAUUGUCCUGGUUGCGGUGCGGAAACUGAAGGGCAGACCGUCCAGCGGAGAGUCAGACUUCCCCUCGAUCAGCUGGAGUGGCGGGAGUUGCUGCUGCUGCUGCUCGCGCUCGGAAACCUCCUCCACCACCACCACCACAGACGUGUUCAAAAAGUCCAACUUGAACGUCUGGAUGUCCACAGGCGCGUCCGGCUGCGCGGAGGCAAACAGCAACGGCGCUCUGCCUCAGGUUUAUUGUUACAAAAUGUGUCUGACACCGGAAUCGUCCAAAAGCGACUUCAUGUUUCUGAAGCCCUGCAGUCCGGUGAUGUCAGUUCAGCAGAACAACGCCAAGAGCACAGAUUACCUCACUUCUGGCUGGAGUACGCUGGAGCGUAAUGAACUGGCCAACAACAGAGCAGCAACUCCAAACGAGCUUACGUAUUCAAACAAGGACUGGACCUGGACCAAGAACCAACGCAACUCAGCAUACAAGAGGUAUAGUUCAGCAAAUAUGGAGGGCACUCUUACUCGCCAACAAAAGUCUGAUGCCCACGGGUUUUCCUGCUCUGUGGCACCACAGUACUGGACCUGGGGAAACCACAUGAAUGACUGCAAGAUAUCUCUUCAAGAGGGAGCAGUCCCUCACUACUCAUGGACUCCCUACACUCAGCCUCACUCUGAACCACCAGACUACCAGCACAACGUGUACAUACCUGGCAACACGGCUGACCACAGCACUCUGAAGCUGGCUCCCAGAGGAGAACUGGAUGUGUACAACACGUUCUCCACUUUUGGAAAGAAAAAGAGAUUCAUCUCAAACUAUGAACAAUCUUUUGACAACGAUGAUGGUCUCAUCCUCCUCAGUGAUGCCGCCCCAGCAGCCCACACAGAUGCUGCCUCCGCCCCUGCAGAGCAUUUUGCCGUGAGAGCUCAGCUCCUCCAGCGGUACUCGACGAUGGCGCGUGUCUUUGCACCCGUACGGAGACAUUUGAUCGCGGCAGUUUUUACGUUCGUUGCACUGUGGGGAUGUGCGCUCUCUAUCACCCGGUACUCGAUUCCGGAGGAGAUGGAAGAAGGCUCCUUUGUUGCCAACCUGGCCACGGAUUUGGCUCUGGAUGUUCGCAGUUUGGUGCAGCGCAGCGCAAAGCUCGAUGUCAUUCACAGCAAAAAUUACCUCGACAUCAACAAAGAAACCGGGGAGCUGGUGAUCCGGGAGAAGAUAGACCGGGAGAGCAUAUGCAUGACUAAAGCGACCUCGUGCUUUCUGAAAAUGGAUGUCAUACUGGAGAACCCCAUUCGCAUUUUUAAUAUCGAGUUGGAAAUCAUGGACAUCAACGACAACGCGCCCGUGUUCCGCAGAAGGACAAUGCACUUGGACAUAUCGGAGGCAACCCCUCCCGGUGAGCGCUUUUCAUUGACAAACGCCGUGGAUGCGGAUGUGGGGGCGAACUCGAUCAAGACCUACUAUCUCAGCGAAAGCAAGUACUUCAGCAUCGACAUACAAACUGGCAGCGAUGGCUCCAAAUACGUGGACUUAGUGCUGAACGGUCAUUUGGACCGAGAGGAGCACACGGUUCACAAUUUGAUUUUAACCGCUGUGGAUGGAGGGGUGCCUCCCCGCUCCGGCACAGCCAGCAUCGUUAUCAACGUCUUGGAUAUCAAUGACAACGCCCCCCUGUUCAGUCAGCCGGAGUUUGCGGUCAAUGUCUCGGAGAACACGGCUGCGGGGACGGUGGUCAUGACCUUAAACGCCACAGACUUGGAUGAAGGCACAAACGCUCAGCUGGUAUAUUCAUACACAUUGUACACCUCGGAGAAGACUCAAGAGCUCUUCUCGCUUGACCCAAACACUGGUGAGAUCAAGGUGAAGGGGGUGAUCGACUAUGAGGAGGGCCAGAGCUUCGAGAUGCACAUCCAGGCUCAGGACAGAGGGGUGAACCCCAAGGCGGGACACUGUAAAGUCAUGGUGUUCGUCACAGACCUGAACGACAACUACCCCGAGGUGACCAUAAAGUCUGUGAAAAGUUCACUGACGGAGGACGUCUCCGUGGGCACACUGAUAGCGGUGGUCAGCGUCAACGACAGGGACUCGGGAGCCAAUGGUCAAGUGGAGCUCACCUUGCAUCAGCAGGAAUCCUUGCCAUUCCUCCUGAAUAAAUCCUCGGAGGGUUACUUUGAGCUGCUGGUUUCGAAGCCACUGGACAGAGAGGUGAUAAGCAAAUACGACGUCACGCUGAGAGUGACGGACAAGGGCUCGCCGCCCUUAGCUGAGACCGAAACCAUCACUCUGGAGAUUCUCGACAUCAAUGACAAUGCACCCGCAUUCUCCCAGUCCUUCUACACAAUCCAUGUUGUGGAGAACAAUAUACCAGGGGCGCUAUUGACAUCCCUUAGUGCGUUUGACCCCGAUCUCAACGAGAACCAGUACUUGGUCUAUUUCAUAAUGGAGAAGGAGAUUGUUAACACGUCAAUGUCAAUGCUGUUCUCCAUCAACCCUGAGAAUGGUGAUCUUUAUGCCCUGAAGACCUUCGACUAUGAGAGAGAGAGGGAUUUCCUCUUCCACAUCGAGGCCCGGGACUCUGGCGUUCCACCGCGGAGCAGCAAUGUGACAGUUCACAUCAUCAUCCUGGACCAAAACGACAACACCCCUCUCAUAGUGUCACCUUGGCGAGCCAAGGGCUCCGUGGUAGAGGAGGUGAUACCGAGGUCCACGGACAAGGGGCACCUGAUCGCCAAAGUGAUCGCCAUCGACGCCGACUCCGAGCAGAACGCCAGGGUCACAUAUCAGCUCCUGCAGGUCACCGACAUGACCCUGUUCAGCCUGGACCAGUACAACGGCGAGAUCCGGACAACACGGAUGUUCAGCUACAGAGACCCGAGACAGCAGCGGCUGGUGAUCAUCGCCAAAGACAACGGCCAGCCGUCUCGCUCCGCCACCGUCACUAUCAAGAUAUCGACGGUGGAACACGUCCUGUCCUUUUCGGAGACCACAGAGCUGCCGCUGGAGUACGACGUCUUCACAGACCUAAACCUGUACUUAGUAAUCGGUUUAGGGGCUGUGUCAUUUCUGCUACUGAUAACCAUCUUGGUUAUUAUUGUGCUGAAGUGUCAAAAACCAAAGCCAAAGGCCUUCAAGAUCCCCCCUCCCAACAGAAACAGCGUGAUCAGCAGGAACAGCAUGAUCAGCCAGAGGAGCUCCACCAUCGCAGAUUCCACCCUGAUCUCCAGCGAUGCCUACUGGUACAGCUUGUUCCUCGCUGAGACCAGGAAAGGCAAAGUGGUCGUGAGACAGCCGAUAAUUCCCAAAGGAGCUGGCUAUUUCGUGUCCAGUAUACCCAGGAGCAUAGGGCCAAGUGAGACCACAGACUCCAGAGCAUCCACACUGGAGCUCCCAGACCCGACACCGACAUCGCAAUGGAGGGAUGAGAGGAGGAAAAUGGGUGUGGAGGAGGGGAGCUGCGCCACAGUGGAGAGGGAAGAGCAGGAGCCUGGGAGCGCGCUAGGAUCCUAUGAGCUUGCAAUGGCUGUGGCGGGGAUAUGCAAGUGGAUAGGAAAUAAUGUGCCUUUUUAUUUUGUGAUAUUUUCCUUAUUUUGUGGCCUUUCGUUUGAACAAUUGCGAUAUUCGAUUUCGGAAGAACUAGAAAAUGGGGCACUGGUCGGCGAUCUGGCGCAUGACUUGGGGCUGGAUAUUCGAAAGCUCGCCACUCGGAAAAUCAAGGUAACGUCCAACAGCGGUAAACGCUACGUGAUUGUCAACCCCAAAAACGGGAAACUACUUGUCAAUGAAAGGAUCGACAGGGAGGCACUGUGCGAUUUAUCCAACACCUGCCUCAUCAACCUGGAGUUGAUGGUGGAAAACCCCAGUGAGGUGCACCAUGUUGAGGUGGAGAUCGUGGACGCUAAUGACAAUGCGCCGCAGUUCCCCAGUGAAGAGUAUCAAGUGGAAAUCACGGAAUCUGCUUUACCGGGGUCUCGGUACCCAAUUGAAAACGCGCAAGAUCCGGACAUUGGGUCCAAUUCAGUUCGUAUGUAUCAGCUUAGCACAAACGACCAUUUUGCGCUGGUAUCUAACAAACCCUCCCUCAACACAAAGAACAUCGAGCUCGUGCUCAAAAAGCCCGUUGAUCGUGAACAGACGCCUUACCACCAAUUAAUUCUAAGUGCUGUGGAUGGUGGGAUGCCAGAGAAAACAGGCACGGCCAAAAUCAAUAUCCGGGUCCUGGACUCGAAUGACAAUGUCCCCAUGUUCGACAGUUCAGUGUACAAGGUGAAACUGUUAGAAAACUCGCCCAAAGACACCCUGGUGAUAAAACUGAAUGCGACUGAUCUGGAUGAGGGAACAAAUGGAGAGGUUUAUUACUCUUUCAGCAGCUACACUCCCGAGAGAGUGAGGCAGAUGUUCAGCAUGGACACUAACACCGGAGAAAUAAGAGUGAAGAGCAAUGUUGACUAUGAAGAGACCAACUCCUACGAGAUGUACAUCCAGGCGAUGGACAAGGGCCCCGGGGCCGUGGCGGCACACUGCAAGGUAGUGGUGGAGGUGGUGGACGUGAACGACAACGUCCCUCAGAUAGUGCUCUCAUCUCUGUCCAGCCCCGUGAGGGAGGACGCCCGCGCAGACACAGUAGUGGCCCUCAUUAGCGUCACUGAUCGAGACUCGGGCGCUAACAAGCAGGUGAGCUUGGAGAUCCCAGCAGGCCUUCCUUUCAAGAUCAAGUCAUUUAGAAAUUACUACACUCUGGUUACCUCAGCCUUCCUGGACCGCGAGACCACCGAUGCCUACAACGUCACUCUGAGUGCCACCGACGGAGGAAACCCUCCCCUCUCCUCCCAGAAGACCAUACAGGUGGACGUGGCUGAUGUUAAUGACAACCCGCCGCGAUUUGAACAGACUUCCUAUACCGUCUAUGUGGCUGAGAACAAUGCCCCCGGUGCCUCUUUGUGUACUGUGAAAGCUCAAGACGCCGAUAUCAAAGAGAACGCACGCAUCAGCUACACAGUGCUUAACGACAACAACCAUGGCAUCCCUGUCACCUCGUAUGUGUCUGUGAAGGCCGACACAGGCGAGGCUUAUGCCCUGCGAGCCUUCGACUAUGAGUCACUGAGAGAGUUCCACUUCCAGGUCAAAGCCCAAGAUGGGGGCAUUCCUCCACUCAGCCGCGUUGCCACUGUCUACAUCUACAUCAUGGAUCAGAAUGACCACGCGCCACUGAUAGUCAAACCUCCUGGCAACGGCACGCGCUCCUUGGAAACGGUACAAAAGAACGCAGAGCCUGGUGCCAUGGUGACCAAAGUGGUGGCUUACGAUGCAGACGCUGGUCCGAAUGCCUGGCUGGUGUACGUGCUGGAGACGGCUACUGACCUGGACUUGUUCAAGGUGCACGAGCACACCGGUGAGAUCAGGACCACUCGGAGGAUCCUGGAGGACAACUCCACCUCUUUUGCUCUCACCGUUUUAGUGAAGGACCAUGGGCAGCCUAGUCUCUCCUCCACCGCCACCAUCAACGUGGCUGUCAUGGAGGUGCCCCCCAAAGUGGCUCCUGACCCCAAGCGGAUCAUCCGACCUCACAGCACACUGCUUUUCUCCAACGUGACCCUGUACUUGAUCGUGGCUUUGAGUGCCACCACCUUUGUUUUCCUGGUCACUGUGGUGGUGCUGGCCAUCGUCCGCUGCCAUGCCUACUGCACCCAACCUGGGUCCUGCUCCCCGUGCUGCGUGUCACAGAAGCCCCCUCUAGAUGGUGGGAGCAGCAGCGUGAGUGCCGGCGGGGGAGGCGGCGGCGGCGGCGGCGGCCCACCUGGGGCACAGCCUAAUAACAACGUGAUGCUUCGGAGGGACCUUAAAGUGGAGCCUCACUACAUCGAAGUGCGUGGGAACGGCUCCCUAACAAAGACGUACUGCUACAAGACCUGCCUGACAGCCACCUCUGGCAGUGACACGUUCAUGUUCUACAACACAGGACGUCCCAUCAGUGGCACCUGGGGCAGCGGUGCCGAUCGCUUCUUCACGAGUGGGAGCGGAUUUGUACGCAGACUGAGCAUGCCCGAUGCCUCCAUGCAACUCUGCCCAGAGCCGAAAGCCCCGAAUGCUGACUGGCGAUAUUCUGCAUCUUUGAGGGCAGGGAUGCAGAGUUCGGUCCACAUGGAGGAGUCCUCUGUGAUGCAAGGAGCCCAGGGGAUGUUGGUCCAGAACUGGCCCACUGUGUCCAGCGCCGCGGACGGAGAUGGUGGUGAACUUUCACCCCCAGUGGGCGCUGGAGUCGACAGCAACAGCUGGCACUUCAGGUACGGCGCCUCCGGACAGGGCUACUGCCCUCCUCAGCAACUGAAGCCCGGAGAGAUUCCCCCCGAAGCCUUCAUCAUCCCCGGAUCCCCAGCCAUCAUUUCUAUUCGCCAUGACGCCGGCCCUGUGGACGACAAAGGUGACUUCAUAAGCUUUGGCAAGAAGGAGGACGCCAAGAAGAAGAAAAAGAAGAAGAAGGACAAGAAGGACAAGAAGGAUAAAGGAAAGGAUGAGGAUGAUUAGAAGAGAAUGGGUGACUUGCAAACAGAGCUACCAACAAACUACCAUCCCAAUUACAGAGCCAGAAAAAACAAAAGCCAAAUGCAUAUUGUAGAACCGAGGGAGCCUCUUUUCACCACAUUUACAUCGACAUUGUACAGUGGCCAAACCCUCGUUAGACGAGGCCUGCGAGCUUGCUAAACAAAUGUUUCUCUCUUUCUUGGCUCAUUUGGCCCUUAACUACCCAGCCCAUAAAAGGUAAACAAAUGAUCCUAGUAGACAGGCUUCAUCUAAAUAUUGGACCAACUUAAAACAGAAAGGGUUUUAUUGGAUACGAUUAGCCUUUCUGUGAUUUGCUGACACCCCUCCCCCCAGUUUGUAUUAUAAAAAACAAAAACACCUGAGAGGGUGUACUAUUUGUAUCUGACCAUUGUCAGCUGAGGCUGCCUGUGUUGGCAUCUCUGUCUUUAUGCAGCCCACCCGUCCUUUUUGACUCACCUAGUCGCAGGUGAAGUGGAAGCCAAACUCAGUAAAAUGAAACAGAGGCUUUCAUCUUUAGUAUUGAGGAGGCCUUGUAGAAAUUCAGAAAAUGUGGUCUUUUGUAAGAAAAGAAAUUUAUAAAAAAUGAAAAAGUAACAGCAUACAGUAUAUGUACCAUGAAAUUAACACUGAGAAAGAGGUGGCUGAGACAGGACCACACACAAAUAAAGAGCUCUGUUUCAGUGUAACAUAGCACAUUGCUGAGGCAGAGGACCUGGAACUGGGUUGCACCAACUAUGCGCAAGUUUGUUCCCAGGUUAGUGUACAAAGUAGUGGCUUCAUAACUGCUAGUUAAUUUGCAAUUAGCAAGUUACUAAAUUUGACCGUACCAUGGGUGCCAAGGGGGGAGUUCUACGGCUGUAACUAGUUAUAACAUUAAGAUUUCAGAUGAGUAGCCAGUUAGUAAAAGCAUUAUCUCGCUGAUGGGUAGCUACCACAUGGAUUUGUAGAUGACCAGAUUGGCAUAAAAAUUACAAUUGGUAAAUAUAAUCCAUAUUUCACUCUUUAAAGGACAAAACUGUUUUUUGCAUGUUUAAAUUCAUUCUCUACAAAUCUACAAAGGCCACUUUACGUCACUGCUAAUAUUUUCCAAAGCAGAUCAUUGUGUCUUGGGAAGCAGAUAUUGUUCAUGCAAGAAGACGCAGACGUGAUGAAUUAUGUCGGCCAACCAAGUCUCAGCAUGUGGAUUUCAACGUUGUAUUGAAUAUGAACCAGACUCUGAUUGAAAGAAGACACAAACUGGAAAAUGUGUAAUUUGUAGAAAAUGGGCAGAAACAUCCCAAAAGAGCGAUAUAGUCCUUUAAGUUGCAAAAUGGAAUGGAAUUACUAAAGAAAAGAAAAAAACACACUACGUGUUAAAAAAGAAAGAAGAAAAAAAAAAGAUUCCUGCUUUACUGUUAGUGAGUGCAACUGUGUGACUUUGUAUCAUUUGCACCUGCUUUAUUGCUUGCUUAAGUAUUUAGUUGUUACUUAAGGUUACGUUGUAACAGAUUUUUGUGGUGCUACCGCUUGUGUUUUAGCAAUGCGUGAAAAGGGAUCAGUAACUAGGGAACCUACAUGCAGCUGAUGCAACCGGCCUCUGGCCUUGCCUCUUCUCUUGGAAUAUGGCACAGGUCAACGGGGUCUUAAUCCCACUGUGUAGCAGCACUCCCAGUCUGACACACGCAUUAUUGUACACAAACACUGACUCUCUCUCUGCCUCUUAUUCACACACACACACACACACACACAGACGUACAGAACAUACCAACACACAGAGAUAUACUAAACAAAUACACGCCCCUUUCUGGAAACUGUAGUCCAGUGCCGUCCUUAAAAUAUGGGAGUGUAUUAUAUGGCUGGGACACAGGGACGUUGCUUGUUGCUUCAUUUCUGUUCAAGCCUGAUCCCUCUGUCUUUGAAUGUUAAGUAUAGUUGUUCUUCAAGCCCCGCACCACCGCCUCGACUGCUUCAGUGCUUGUAACAUUUGCUUGCCCGCUGCCUGUUUUCCUCCCAUUUCUUCAGAUCAACAUGGUCGGACAACAUCUUUCGAGUCACUCUCCUGCAAUGAGCUUCGCCGUGCUAACACAGUGACAUUUGUGUGUUUGCAUAUUGACACAGAGAAUACACACAGGCACCAACACGCACAUACUACACACACACGCAUCUUUUGUUUGUGUUCAACUUCAGCCGAGCCGAGGCGCUUCGGCCGAGUGUGUCUCCUCUGAUUGCUCAUUGUCGACAGCUCUCCCGUCUCUCGUGUGUUGUAUUGUAAGGACCUCUGACAGGUUAGCAAAAUCUGAGAUCAUGCUGCAGUGGAGAAAAACGAGACAAGAUGGAGAGGCAACAGAAGAGUCAUUGUAGUGUAUUGUGCAGCUCCAACGUAGAAGAUGAAGAACAGCAGAUUUGAGCAGGUCAUCAGUCUUUUUGCCUGAGCGGAGGUAUUGCAGUUAUUCCUCUGUCAGCCAUUAGUGGCGACUGAUCAACUUGGGUCUGCUCAAACCACUUACAAAAUAAGUGCAGGGCCGUUAAGCAGCAGCAAAAGGAGGUUGACUUGGAUGUGGGGGGGGGGGGAUCCACUUAGGGAUUAAUGAAGGUGAUGAUAGCAACAAGCAAAGAUCAACACACGUCAAUAAUCACAGCUUGCAACAGCUUAAAAUUUGACCUUUUUUUGGGCUUAAUUGCUGCACACAAACAUCAGAAAUAAUGCUGCUGGGACGCACUGUACGGGAGAAAUUUACAUGUCACAACGACCCAAGUGUGAACUUUGUGAAAUGAUUGGCUGUAUUUGGCCUUGACAUUGUGAAGCCCAGGCAUAGCACGGUAGAUAAAGAGUAUCUGGAGCAGCAGACAUUGGAACGGCAUCAACAUGAUGAAAAGUGUCAUAAACUUUCACCUCAGUGUUCCUUUUUUCUUUUUCUUUGUCAGAACAUCGUCUUACCAGCCACAGUAGGGUUAUGUAGGUGCUGCUAUCGAGCUCGAUCCAUCCCAUGCACACGUGUAUUUCCCCCUGGCCCGUCCUUCAGGUGUACUUCUGUGCUGUCAGAUCACCAAGUGGCUGUUUGCAUGUUGUAAGCAAAGGAAACAGAUACUAUAUAGAUACUAUAUAUACAUAGAUAUGUUCUUCCACUGAGAAAUGCGUAUCGGAUUACAUAUACAUCUGAUGCAGGCUCUCAAAGAAGAUACACACACAUUGAAAGUUCCACACUCAUACAUACACACAUAUACGCUAUUGCGAACAGUAAUUUGUGGAAAAACCUAAAAGAAUCACAUUUUCUAUCCUGUUGAAAUUAAAUGUAAUCUUCUAGAUAUACAUAAUGCUAUUGUGUUAUGCGAUGAGAUGCUUUUUUUCAGUUUUGACCCUUAUGAUUUUCAUAGAUAAGAACAUCGAUCCUUAAACUUGUGUUAAUCUUUGAAAUGAUGAUCAAACAAACACUAUUGUGAAAUCAAAUAAUUUACUCAACCUCCAUAUCUAUCCCUUGAAAAAAAAAAAAAGUGGAAAAAAAAUUCUAAAUAGAUAAAACGAUAUAUUAAAAAAAUGAAGUUGAUGUAUUCUCUGCUUGUGUAUAGUGAAUGUUCCUCAGUGGCUGGGCGUGGCAGCCAGUGGCACACACACCAGUCGACUGUGACAGUGCAGAUCUGUUAAUAACUUUUUUUGUACACCUGUUCAUCAUUGUAAAGGUGAUAAUAGUGAUUCUUAUGAUUUCCUCAAUCUGGUAAUGUGCUUUGUUAAUAUGUCACAAAUAAAGUUUUUCUUAAAUAUCUUAAUA